AUGAAGGAGAAAGCAGUGGAGCAUUUGAUGGCAGCAGCAAAGCUCAACCCUCAAAAUGCUGCUGCAUUCAGAUAUUUGGGCCAUUAUUAUGCUCGUCUCUCGCCCGAGCCUCAACGGGCUCUUAAGUGCUAUCAGCGGGCCCUUGCGCUCGAUCCUGAUGACUCGGAAGCUGGGGAAGCAAUCUGUGAUUUAUUGGAUGAGGGCGGAAAAGAGAGCUUGAUAUUUUCUGUCUGCCGCGAAGCUUCUGAAAAAUCUGCCAGGGCUUUUUGGGCUUUUCGUCGAUUGGGAUACCUUCAGGUUCAUCAAAAGAAAUGGUCUGAAGCCAUACAAAGCCUUCAGCAUGCGAUUCGUGGGUUUCCUACUUGUUUUGAUUUGUGGGAGGCUUUAGGUCUUGCCUACCAACGAAUGGGCAUGUUUACUGCUGCACUCAAGUCUUAUGGGAGAGCUGUUGAGUUGGACGAUUCAAGAAUUUUUGCAUUGAUUGAAAGCGGAAAUAUUUCUUUGAUGCUUGGCUCAUUUCGAAAGGGAAUCGAGCAGUUUCAACAGGCUUUAACAAUCUCACCUAACAACGUAGCAUCACUUUACGGGUUUGCUUCUGCACUUCUUGGCUUGGCUAAGGAAUGUGUCGGCUCAGGCGCCUCUAGAUGGGGAGCCUCACUCUUGGAGGAAGCAUCUGAGGUUGCCCUGCGUGGUACAUCUUUAGCUGGCACCUUUUCAUGCUUCUGGAAGCUACAUGGAGAUAUUCAGCUUUUAUAUGCAACAUGUUACCCAUGGACGGAGAAUGAAAAGUCUUUCCACUCUUCCAUCAUUACUUGGAGAAAGACCUGCUUUCUUGCUGCUAAAAAUGCCCUUCGCUCCUAUCAGCGUACUCUACACUUGACCCCCUGGCAGGCAAAUUUAUACACAGAUAUUGCUAUAGCAUCAAAUCUCUGUUUGUCAUAUGAGGAAUCUCGUAAAGAGGAUUCAAUUGUUUGGUCUUUAGCUGAGAAGAUGUGCGUGGGUGGUUUAUUGCUUGAGGGCUAUAAUGAUGAGUUUUGGGUGGCAUUGGGUUGUUUGUCAAACCAUGAGCCAUUAAAACAACAUGCUUUAAUACGUGGGCUACAGUUGGAUGUAUCUCUAGCUGUUGCAUGGGCAUACUUAGGGAAGCUUUAUAGGUGUGAGGGUGAAAAGCAAUUGGCCCAGCAAGCAUUUGAUCGUGCCAGAAGUAUAGAACCUUCACUUGCAUUACCAUGGGCAGGCAUGUCAGCUGAUGCCGAUACUAGAAACCUUGACCAGGACGAAGCAUAUGAGUGUUGUUUAAGGGCUACUCAGAUAUUCCCGCUUGCAGAUUUUCAAGUUGGUCUUGCGAAGCUUGCAUUUCAUUCUUCUUACUUAUCAUCUUCAGAGGUUUUUGGGGCCAUUCAACAGGCAUUGCUGCGUGUGCCUCAUUAUCCUGAAUCCCACAAUUUGAAUGGGCUAAUCUGUGAAUCAAGAUCUGAUUACCAAAGUGCUAUUACAUCCUACAGGCUGGCUAGGUGUGCUCUGAUAUCUUUUUCAGGAGAAUUAUCAGAAUUGCACCUAAAAGAUAUAUCUAUCAAUAUGGCCAGAUCACUUUGCAUGGCAGGACAUGCACAGGAUGCAGUUGAAGAGUGCAAAUAUUUAAGGCAAAAAGGACAGCUCGAUCCUGAUGGUCUGCAUAUAUAUGCUUUAUCUUUGUGGCAACUCGGCAAGAAUGAUGAAGCACUCUCUGCCACGAGAUUACUUGCUUCGAACAUUCAAUCCAUGGAAAAAAAUCACGUUCCUGCUUCCAUUAGCUUCAUCUGUAGGCUGCUUUACCACAUCUCAGGACAUGAAUCAGUCAUUGCAAGCAUUUUGAAAAUGCCCAAGGAAUUUUUUCACAGCUCGAAGAUCAGUUUCGUUCUUUCCGCUAUUCACGUCCUGGACCAAAAAAACCAACUUGAGCAUAUUGUGUCUAUCAGUCGUUCUUUCGUUACAUCUCAUGAAGAUAUCAUAGCCAUGCACGUUUUAAUAACAUUUGGCAAACUUCUGAAGAAUGGGAGUAAGGACUCACUUGGAAUUCAGAAUGGAGUUCAACACCUUAGAAAAGCACUUCACAUGUACCCUACAAGUAGUACGCUGAGGUUUUUGCAUCAAGAGCCAUGGAAUUUCAAUGCCAGAUAUUUACUCACUUUAAACUAUUUCCAAAAGGCACGCGAAGAAAAAUUCCCUCGACAUGCUUGCGCUGUUUUAGAACGGCUAACAUCUGUGGCUCUAUCAAAUCAUCUUUUUUACCUCGUCAAAGAUUCGUUUUUCCAUUAUCAACACUUUCAGCUUCUACUCUGUGCAGCCGAGGUUAAUUUGCAGCAAGCCAAUUAUAGCGAAUGCUUGAGACUCACACAAAUUGCUUCGACUUUGCCAGUUCAUAGUAGCUCUCUCUUUUUCGCACAUUUGCUUCAAUGCCGUGCAUAUGCUGCCAAAGGUGAUAUUGUGAGUCUGAGUAAAGAAUACGAACAGUGUAUGGAUCUUGGAACCGAUUCUCACAUCGGCUGGAUAUGUUUGAAGUUCAUCGAGUCUAGAUAUAGCCUGCAAGAUGAUUUGACCAUUAUACCCUUGAGAUUCGAAGAUUGCUCCAAAAGUAUUGAGGUCUCGUGGAAUAUUUGGAUGGCUUUGUUUGAUAUGGUGCAGGGAUUGAUUGCUGUUUGGGGUGGUGAUUUUGUUGCUGCAGAAGGAUUUUUUGCACAGGCUUGCUCUAUGGCUGAUAGUGAGAAUUGUCUGUUCCUUUGUCAUGGUGCCAUUUGUAUGGAGCUUGCUCGACAGACGUGUGAGUCUCAAUACAUAUCACGUGCCAUAAGAAGUCUGAAGAAAGCAAAAGAUUAUUCUCAGGUGCCUUUGCCUAUUGUAUCACUAUUAUUGGCACAAGCCGAAGCAAGCCUUGGCUCGAAAGGAAAAUGGGAAAAAAAUCUUCACGAUGAGUGGUUUUCUUGGCCUUCAGAAAUGAGACCGUCCGAGCUUUUAUUCCAAAUGCAUUUGCUUUUUUCUGCACAGCCGAAAGAUGGGGCUAUCGUGUCUUCUCCCAGAUUAGAUUAUCUUUUACGGGCAAUCCAUAUGAACCCAUCAUGUUCGAGAUAUUGGAAGUACUUGCUCAAGGAUUUUUAA